UGGUUUUUCUUAUAGAAGAGAUGUAACUGGAGUAGUAUAAUAUGCAGGUGUGUGUAACCAAGAGACACCUUCACUGAUCCACUUGACUACUAAAAGGGGUCGUCAGAGGUCGCAAGAGGAUCCAGCCUUGCCACUGCCAGGCACUUGUGUUGCGCCCGCACGUUGCUUGCAAAUUGCAGAGGAGAUCUCGGCAAGCAAGCGCAGGAUGCGCGCCGGCGGCUGCGCGGUGCAGCAGGCGCUGGCCGCGGAGGCGGCGGCGGUGGUGAGACAGGCCGUGGCCCUGGCCGGGCGGCGCGGCCACGCGCAGGUGACCCCGCUGCACGUCGCCAGCGCCAUGCUCUCGGCGGCGGGGCUCCUCCGCGCCGCCUGCCUCCGCUCCCAUUCCCACCCGCUCCAGUGCAAGGCCCUCGAGCUCUGCUUCAACGUCGCGCUCAACCGCCUCCCCACCGCCGGCCCCGCCACCGCCGUCAUGUUCCACCACCGCCACCACCAGGGUGGGCACCACCACUCGCCCGUGCUGUCCAACGCGCUCGUCGCCGCGUUCAAGCGCGCGCAGGCUCACCAGCGCCGGGGCACCGUGGAGGGCGGCCAGCCGCCGCCGCAGCCGCAGCCGGCGCUCGCCGCCGGCUCCAAGGUUGAGAUCGAGCAGCUCAUCAUCUCCAUCCUCGACGACCCCAGCGUCAGCCGCGUCAUGCGCGAGGCCGGCUUCUCCAGCUCCCAGGUCAAGGCCAACGUCGAGAAGGCCGUCUCGUCGCCGGAACGUCACCCGAACACGACGACCAGCCACGCGGCGACGGGCUCUCCGCCAGGUUCCGGCCACGCGAGGCGCCCCAACGCCGACGACGACGCCAUGCGCGUGCUCGACUGCAUGGCGAGCGGGAGCAAGCGGUGCGUGGUCGUCGUCGGCGAGAGCGCGGCCACCGCGGAGGUGGUGGUGAAGGCGGUGAUGGACAGGGUGAGCAAAGGCGAGCUGCAGCAGCGGCACGAGCGGCUCAAGAACCUCCAGUUCGUGCCCCUCCCGGCGGCGUCGUUCCAGAGGAUGACGAGGGAGGAGGUGGAGGCCAUGGCCGGCGACCUCCGUGCGCUCGUGCGGCAGGGCUGCGCCGCCGGGAAGGGAGUCGUUCUCGUCCUCGAGGACCUCGCGUACGCCGCUGAGGCGUGGGCCGCCGCGUCGGAGCGGAGAAGGUGUGGCGGCCGUGAGCCUGGCCAGUGCUACUGCCCCGUCGAGCACGCCGUCAUGGAAGUGAGCAGCUUGGUGUCCGCCGCCGGCGGUGGCAGUGGCAGAGGCCUCGACAGGUUCUGGCUUCUAGGGUCCGGGAACAGCCAUGCUUACAUGAAGUGCAGGGCAGGACAGCCAUCUCUCGAGGCCGUCUGGGAGCUACACCCAGUCGUCGUGCCAGACGGCAGCCUCGCGCUGAGCCUCAGCUGUGACAGUGAUGCUGAACAACUGGCAAGUCAAGAAAGAUCAAGGAGGCCAUGGCCCUUUGUUAACAAUGGCGCUGCAGCCGGUGAGAGCGAGCCAACUUCCUCCUGUGCCGCGACGAUGACAACGCCUAGCGUACCGCCAUGGCUUCACCGCUACCAAGAACCAGAUAUGAACAGACUAGGCAACCGCAGCACCAGUUUGCAGCUUUCUUCUGUGCAGCUGCCAGAUUGGAACCCCAACUAUGGAUUAGCAGCACACCACACCUCGGAGCUCACACUGAGCUUUUCCUCACCGGCUACUAACUCUCCAGACACUUCUUCCAUUUCUGGCUUUGCCCCAAGCUUCAUCAAUGCGAACCUGAUGAUGAGCUCCAAGCCAUGGCAAUUCAAGCUGAUGCAACCUUGGCCAAACCAUCAACAUGAUGAUCCAUUGGCCAAGUCGUAUGACCAUCAACCAUUGCAUGCAAACCCUAGUCCAGAAUCUUACUCAGUGUCCAACUCAUCAGUAAGUGGCUCAGCGGAGUCGCCAAAAUUCAUGGAGCUCACCGCUGAGAAUCUAAAAAUCCUUUGCAACACGCUCGAGAAUCGGGUCCCACGUCACAAGGAUGUGGUUGCAGACAUUGCCAGUGUUGUGCUCCAAUGUCGCUCCGGAAUGACAAGGAGGAUGAGAUGGUGCCAAGAGAAGCCAAGUGCAGUGACAUGGUUGAUCUUCCAAGGAGGGGACAAUGAUGGCAAGGAAGUAGUGUCUCAGGAGCUUGCAAGGCUUGUCUUUGGAUCCUACAGCAAGUUCACCUCCAUCUCACUACCCGAGUUCACCCAGGUUCACACUGAUUCCAGCUCUAGCCUGCUCACCCUGAAGAGGCAAAGAUCACCGGACACUGGGCAUGGCUACCAAAGAUUGUAUGAAGCGAUACUUGAAAACCCUCAUCGGGUGAUAAUGAUUGAUGGUAUCGAGAAACUGGAUUAUGACUCAGAAAUCAGUAUAAGAAAUGCGAUCGCAAAUGGAAGAAUUAAGGGUUGCAAUGGUGAUGAGAUCAGUUUGGAGGAUGCCAUUGUAGUACUGAGUUGUGAAGCACUCGAUUCAAGGUCUAAUGCUUCCUCCCCUCGGCUCAAGCAAAGGGUCAUUGAUAAUGGCGGCAAGGAAGAAAAUGGCAUGAACAUAGAGAAUGGGAUGGAGUCAUCUGGUUUUACCUUGGAUUUGAAUGCAUGUGCUGAGGAUGGAGAAGAGGACGGAGUGAGUGUUUCUGAUAAUAUGAGGAUCCUCAAUAUUGUGGAUGGUGUGUUCUUCUUCCAAUUAGCAGAGGAUUUGUGACAUUAUCUUUCCUUCACUUUAUCAAAAAAUUAGACUAGAGAUCUUAGUUAAUUACUUAUUUUUCUUUGUAUUUUUUCCUUUUCCCCUAGUUUUCUAGCUAAUGCUGACUUUAAUGGCCUUUUGUAAUAUAUAUGUUAAUUCUGUGACGAAGCGCCAGACUUAUGUGUAGAAUUCAGGAGCUAGUUAAGAAAUAAAGGAAAAAUAUGGUUGUCAAUGGAAAUUACCUUAAUUUUA